AACACGGUAGAAUUGCUCCUCUCUUUUUCCUCGUUCGMAGAUUAAAUUUCAACAAACUUCCCCACGACGGCACAGUAAACACGUGAAUUCGGUAUUGAAGUUAACGUGAAUUUUGMAAGCAUUCUAUCGGGCCCAGUUAAUUCCUACCGGUACGUCCCUUUUUCUUCAUACUUUCAUUCUUCUAUUCGUGAURAAUCUAUGUGAAUAAAACAAAACUACGAUUAGCACAAUUGUUAACCUUUUUUUCUUGGUACCACAGACACAUACAAAUACAUGCACGUAAACACACCUUCACUGGUGCCCAUAAAAACCGCUAGAACGACGGAGCAGCAUAYUGGAAGCCAACCAUGAACACCGGCGUCUCGUCAUUCCAACACGGUGGAAUACUCAAUGCCAAACGCAUCGAGUUGCAGAUAUCAUCUACGUCGCUUUCGUCUUUGUCGGAUAUCUUCCUAAACGGAGGGAAAAUAGAUGGAARCAGGAACGACAGCGAGCGAACCCAGCCACUAGACUACGAUGAGACGUAUAACGACUCUGCCGAUGCCGGCGAUGAACACGAUUACCUACCGGAAGAAGAACCGUUGGAGUGUCAAUCGUACCGGGAGAAAAAUGAAGAAAUUAGCGAGGCAUCAGRUUCCAAAGUCGAAUUCCCGGAGGAAGGUCGGUCGCAGCUCCAAAAUCACGGAGGCGGUCUCGUCCGGCUGCUCUGCRRACUAGAUAUCAAGAGCCAGYGGCGCAYGAGCGACACCACYACCACUAACAACAACAAGAARCUCCAGCAGUCGCCGGCACCGAAAAAGAAACCCCUGAAAACCUUGUUUCACCGGGUGAAAAAAACAYUGGAUCCGAUCCGGURCAAGAASCACCUCGGGCCGCACUCCUCGGUGCCGGCGCGACGCACUCCGGCCRGGAGGAGCAGCAAGAGAAAGAGAACCCUKGUGUCCUUUGCCACGCCCGGCCCGGGGGAGAGCAUCGAGACAGACCCCUUUCCCACGGUGRUCAUGAGCGAKUCCGAAAUCGAGUCGACCUGGUACAGCGACGAGGAAUACGAGGCCAUCAAGCGCGACGCGGCCGCGGCGCUCGGGGAGGAAGCCGCCUGCGGCGACGCCACCGCCAGGGAGGCCAUCGCCCGGCGAAAGGAGUUCAAGAUGGCCUCCCGCGACGCCGUCUACGACGAGCAGGAAGACCAGAGGCUGUCCGGCCGCAAGGACCCCGAGGCGAUCCGGAGGGUKUACGAGGCCGCGACGGCCCUGGCGGGGGCCACGGCCCUGGAGACCGGCCGCCGGGACGAAGCCGAGGUGGUGAGCCUGCAUGGGGGCCGCGAUUGGUUGGUGUCGGCGUAGCUUGGCACGGUGCUUGUCCCCCUGACUUAWAAGGGCCGGCGGCCGAAUACKUUGCUAUAGUGGUUGUUCCUUUCACAAAGAAGCCUUGAGCGGCAUUAAAACAUGUUUCGAAUCUCAUAAUUCUAGCAAGAACUGUAUUACUAUACUUUCCCUCUUUGCCCAUUGCUACAAGGAUUGAUAAUAGAUUUGCUCCCACUUC